AUGGUGGAAGAAGAAAUAGAUAGUAUUGAAAUGGACGAAAUGGAGAGGAAUGAUGAAGAAAUGGAGGAUUUGGAUGAGAAGAUCAGUGAUCUGAAGAGAAAGCUUGCUGAAAAUCCUAACGAUACCCAACUGAAUCAACAACUGAUCUCGUUGUUUCGAAACAAUGGAGAUCUUGAUGAAGCAACCGAAGCUAGAGAAAAAAUGGUAGCUCGAGCUCCUUUGUGUACUAAAAUAUGGCUGGAGUGGAUACAGGAUGAACGGUCAGCUGGAGCGGAUCGUGAACGACUAGAAAAAUUGUUUGAAAGGGCAGUAUUUGAUUCCAAUUCUGUGGAGAUUUGGAUGGAGCUCGUGCAGUGGGCUUGCGGAGUGGAUCCAGUAUUUGCUAGAGAGAAGUUCGAGGAUGCAGUAUCGGCAAUCGGACUCCGGGUGGAUGUUGGCGGAAUGAUAUGGCAGUCUUAUCUGUGUUUUGAGGAAGCUUUACUUGCAGGGGACGAAACCUGUGAGAAGCAAGUGAAGGCUGUUAAAUCCUUAUUUAAACGAGCUUUGCGAAUCCCGAACGUUGAUCUAGCGGACACGUGGAAGAGUUACUUGGAAUUUGCAGGGGAAAGUAUUGAUGAAGAAAUACAAGGGCUUUAUGAAGCAUCAACCAAUCUGAUGAAGGAUUUUUCAAAAUUCGAAAUGAAACUCGCGGAAACUGAUGACAGCCUUGAUGCUUUUUAUGAGUACUUGAGCUUUGAAAAAGAAAAAGAUGAUCCCGGAAGAAUCCAGUCUUUCUAUGACCGCAUGCUAGAUAAACACCCAGAUAAUGAAAAUGUUUGGUUUGACUAUGGACAAUGGUGUGAAACACAACUGAAAGUUCACUCGAUCUCUUGUCGUGUGUACAGGCGAGCAGUACGACAUUGCCCAUAUAGCUGUGCAUUAUGGCAGCAGACAUUGCUUGCACUUGAACGAGCAGGAGCACCGACAACGGAAAUUGAUGAAAUGUGGAGUAGUGCUCGUGAGACUAUCAGCACAGCAGAAGAUGGACGAGCGCUUUACCGUACUUAUCUGUACAUGCUGCGUCGUCGAGCGGACAUAGCAGACAAGGAUUUCAGUAAAAUGGCUGAAGUUUUCGAAGAAGGCGCAAAAUCUCUAAAAGAGUGGUUCGGAACUCACGACUGGGAUCAACAAGCGGCUUAUCGAAGAAACUGGGCAUAUUUUGCAUAUACAAAGUUGAAGGACGCCAAGAAGGGUAAGCAAAUCUGGGACGAUAUACUUGCUUCCGGAGGAGGACGAUUUGCAGAGAAAUGGAUUGAAGCUGUGAAACUAGAAAGGCAGUUUGGGUUCAUCGAAGGUGCAAGAAAACUUCUGUACAGGGCACUCAACUCCGUCUCGGAUCAUCCUACGACCGUAUUUGAGUACUUUAUACAGUUCGAACGAGAAGAAGGGACGUUAGAACAGCUUGAUAAAGCACUCGAGAAGGUCAAUGCUCAAGCUGCUCAUCGUGCCACUCGCACACAGUCUCAGAAACAAAAGGAAGAAUUCCCGGGAAAGAAGGAUCAUCCAAAAGAGAAACAUGGAACAUCUAGAGAUGCAGACUCGAAGACAACUCAUCGCAAACGAACAGGUCCAGAGCCGGAUAACAGCCCACCGGCGAAAAAACAAAUUAAGCACUCGGAUGAAGUUGAUCCAGGUCCAGUACACCGAACGCAUUCUAAAGACAAAGAUGGAUUUAUCAUGCCUAUGCUACCAGCGAAGAAAGCUGCAACAACUUCUGUUUCCAAUCCGCCUGAUCAGCCAGCUGGGUCAUCCUCAGCAUCUGUCAAAGAUGAGAAAUACACAGUGUUCAUCUCCAACUUAGAUUUCAAGACGACACCGGAGAAAAUCAAAGAGGUUCUUGAAGGAGUCGUUGAAGUUAGGUUGGUCUAUCGGGGGAUGAGCAAAUUGACCAAGGGAUAUGGUUUUGUUGAUCUUGACUCUGAGAAGAAUCUCCGUAAAGCACUGGCGAACGACAGAAUUCCAAUCAAUGGAAGACCUAUGCUGAUCUCCGUCAACGACCCCGAGAAGCGUGUUGGUUUCAAAUACUCUACUGGUCUCGAAAAAACAAAGCUUUUUGUGCGAAAUGUACAUUAUGACUGUACGGAAGAUCAGUUAAAGGAAGCGUUCUCCGUCUUUGGUGCUGUGAAGGCAGUUCGAAUUGUUACGCAUUCCUCAGGGAAACCCAAAGGAGUUGCAUACGUGGAAUUCGACAAUGAAGAAGGCGCUCAAAAAGCUUUGGAAGCUCCAGAAGUUAUUCUUCUUGAGCGUAAGUUGCAUGUGACUUUGUCGAAUCCGCCCAAGAAAGCGGACAAAACUGAGCCCUCACCCUCCACAUCAAACUUUACACCGAGCACUUCAACAGAUAGAAAAAUGGCCCUUUCUAUGGUUCCAAGAGGAGUGAAAGCGGCAUCUUCGAAGGCAACGAAUGACAUGGCUGCAUAUUCAAAUGGCAACUCAGUGACAACGGAUGAAGAACACCUUUUGGCUCCAUUUGAUUACAUAAGAUCGAUGCCGGGAAAGCAAGUCAGGGGAAAACUUGCUAUAGCGUUUAACGUUUGGCUUAAAAUAAGCGAAGAUAAAUUAUCUACAAUCAUGGAGAUCGUUCAAAUGCUGCACAACGCCUCACUUAUGAUUGAUGACAUUGAGGAUAACUCGGUACUCCGACGAGGACUCCCUGUCACUCAUCAUAUCUAUGGGACUCCGCGAACCAUAAAUACCGCGAACUACGUUUAUUUCAUUGCACUUGAGAAGUGUAUACGGUUAUCGCCGAAGGCUGUCGCAAUAUUUGCAGAUCAAAUGCUGGAACUCCACAAAGGUCAAGGAAAGGAGUUAUUCUGGAGGGACACAGUCACUUGUCCAACAGAAGCCGAAUAUGAAGAAAUGGUAAUACAAAAAACUGGAGGACUAUUUUUCCUGGCUGUAAAAUUAAUAGAAUUGUUCAGUGAAGAGGAUUAUGAUUUCUCGAGUUUACUCACAGAGAUGUCACUUUUCUUUCAAAUCAGAGACGAUUACCUCAACUUGGUCUCUGAUGACAUGGCGAAACAAAAAUCAUUCGCUGAAGACCUAACAGAGGGGAAGUUUUCCUAUCCUAUUAUACACGCAAUACGGAGCUCUCCAUUGUCAAGCAAUGAUGAUCCUGUUCUGAAUAUUUUGCGUCAACGCACUGAAGACGUCGAAGUGAAGAAAUACUGCAUUAAUGUCAUCAAAGAACGGAACUCUCUUGAUCACACUUUGUCGAGGUUGCGAGUCAUAAGUUCCAAAAUUCGAGCAGCAAUCAGCGCCCUCGGCGGGAAUAGCAAGCUAGAAGAAGUUAUGGAGCUCCUUGAACGAGGUAUAAUUAGUUAA